AUGCGUCUGAUCAUUCAAGAGCGCCCGGAGCUGGCAGCGCAGUACAUUGCUGCUUACAUCGCGAAACGCAUCGACGCCUUCAAGCCAACGGCGGAACGACCGUUCGUCCUGGGAUUGCCCACAGGCAGCAGUCCCCUGCCCAUCUACCGCGCGUUGAUCGCAGCACACAACACGGGCGCGAUCUCAUUCCGUCAUGUCGUGACGUUCAACAUGGACGAGUACGUCGGUCUGCCACGGGACCACCCAGAAUCAUACCACUCGUUCAUGCACGCGAAUUUCUUCCGCCAUGUCGACAUCGAGCCGGGCAACGUCAACAUCCUCGACGGCAACGCCGCGAGCCUCGCCGAGGAGUGUCUGGCGUACGAGGCCAAGAUCAAGGCGCUCGGCGGCAUUGAGCUAUUCCUCGGCGGGGUGGGCAGCGACGGGCACAUUGCGUUCAACGAGCCUGGGUCCAGCCUGGCGAGCCGCACCAGGAUCAAGUCUCUCGCUUACGAGACCAUUAUUGCCAAUGCGCGGUUCUUCGCGGGGGAUAUGAACGCGGUGCCGCGAAUGGCGCUGACGGUGGGUGUGCAGACGAUUAUGGAGGCGAGGGAGGUGGUCAUUGUGGCUACGGGAGCGGCCAAGGCGCUUGCCGUCCAGCAGGCGGUUGAGGGUGGCGUGAGUCACCUUUGCACUCUGUCCUGUCUGCAGCUGCAUCCCUGCAGCAUGGUGGUGGUGGACGAGGAUGCCACGCUGGAGCUGAAGGUGAAGACCGUUAGAUAUUUCAAGGGCGUGGAGCAGACUAUCCUACAGAAAGGUCUGAGCGAUCAGACGCCCACGACCCCCAUUGAGGCUCCAUCAGGCUCAAAACCAUGGAGAGAGCCGCAGGAAGGCGAAUUAACCCCAGAUAGCAUGUCCUCGCGCAUUGAGAGCCCGAACCGAUCAGCCACAAUCCAGUUCGCGCGCGCAUGA